GAAUUAGAUGAAAAUGAAAUUUCUGAGGAAAUUUACUUACUCACCCAUGGGCACAAGGGUCUCGUUGGUUCAUGUUGCUCUUAUAUUGAGUGCAAAAUGGUGGUGGGCAGGCGCGAAUUUUCACGUGAUGACUGGAAUCUGGAGAGUUAUGAUCUAAUUAGUUGUAUAAGGAGAAAAGCAACAUAUGGAUCCAUCGUUAGAGCUCUCCCUAAUUUAUCGGAGACUCAGAGAAACAUCCUUGGGCAUGUCCUUCUCUAUAGAACUCAUGUAAAAUCUAAGAGGGAAUGGUUAUUGUUGAACAAAAUCUGGGCCAAGAAGAAGUUUUACUUGCAUGUGCUGCACCUAUUCUUCGUAAUAUCUUAACUUAUGGAAUAUCUACGCCUGAGAUCUCACUAUCCGUGAGAGUACCAGACUCAAAAACAAUUGACCCCAAAUGGUUGUUGGAACGUACUAUUGAGUCCUUAAUAAAACCACCGGUGACUCAAUCCUAUCCGAGCCAUUUAUACCGUGCCCUUCCUGAGGUAAAAGAAUAUGAUAAUAAUGAUUCAGGUGAUCCUCGUCUGCGUUUGGAUAUUCUUCUUAAGGAUUGCUUUCCAAAUCCUGCUUAUGGGUAUGAACUCGUCGUCACAGCAACCAAAAAAGUGUUUGAUGAUCAUGUCAAACGUGCCAAACAUUAUUCAAAACUUCAUAAUUGCUCCUCCAUGUAUUUGGUCCAUCUCUGUAAUAUUGAAAAUGAUAAAUUGAGCGACUACUUUGGACAAGAAUGCUCUGAUAUUACACCCGUUCAUGUAAUUUAUGAUAAAAAUAAUGGGACGGCGAAAUUAAUAUAUAAGAAUGACAGAACAGACAUAUUUAUCAAGAGUUUUGAAUGGCAAGUAAUUUGGGAUUAAAUAGAGAUGAAUUGCAUGGAAAGCGCGUGAAUGAUCAGAAAAUAGUGUAUUAUUGAUAACUAAAGUCAUUUUCUUUAAUUUGACGGGAUUCAUAAUUUUAUUUGAAGCAGCUGUGCCACGAUUUUCCUCUUUUAAAUAAUGGUAUUUAAUAAUUGUCAUAUCACAUGAAAAAAAAAUUCUUGUAUUAUGUAGUAGCUAUUUCUAUGUAAAAAAAGUAAAAAACCGUUUUCUAUUAAUCUUAACGGAAUCAUGAUUGCAAUCUAAAUAAAGCUCAAUCAAU